AUGGGAUUUUUGAGUGGUGUUCUCAGUAACAUCUACAACCAUUUAGGGCAGCAUAAAGGAGAAAUUACAGAAGCAAUUGACACUCUUAAGCAAAAUAAACACGCCGGUAAAAAAGGUUUUAAUGUUGCGAUUGUGAAGGUGGUCGAAGGGGUGCGGGGGUAUAAUGAGAGUGUUAGGAAGUCUAAUAAGAAAGUCUCUGAUCCUAUAAAUACACUCAAAGAACAGAUGGAAGAACUCAAAAAAUCGGUAAGUGAAAUUAAUACAAAUAAUUCUGUGCAGGGCCAUGACUUCACUACGAAGAAGGAGCGAGUGGACAAGGAGCUGAAGAAGUGUACUGACAACGCUAGGGGAUUCUACUUCGGUAUUCAUAAUGCCGAUGCAGACAUUUUAGACUUGAAUAAUAAUUGUAAAACUAAAGUAGAUUAUGCCGUGAUAGCCGUAGAACAUGAGACUAAGCGUCUCGAUGAGUUGCAUAAACAGGCGGAAUAUGAUUUUGGAGAUGUGGAAAGUGCAAUUUACCAACGACUAGCGAACCUCAAAAAUAAGGUGAAUGAUCAAAUAUGUAGAGAAGUGAACUCUCUCAUAAAUGAUUUGAAAUCACUGGUCCGGAAUAUCUUGGAGAAACUUAACCAAAUUAAACAGACAUUGGAAACGUGCGUCAACAAUUUGGAUGAGUGGAUUGAGGCUGCGAAGCAAGUUGUAGCAGCGGCGGAAACAAGGAUAGAUAAAGAUAUAUUGCCAAUGAUAGGUAAACAAGAAAAGAAACCUGAAGAA